AUUAUUUUCCCAGUAAAGGCCAUGCGUGCCCCAGGCCAGUUGUAAUUUGGUUAAUCCACCAAAGAGGUAGCCAGACGUAUCUGUGGAUUCUGCAGGGAAGAGGCGGAACAGCUUUUGAAGAGAUGGAGAUUUUAGUCUUUUUAUUUUCAUUUUCUGCCCUUGGCGUUCUUUAUGCCAUGAACACCAUGCCAGAGUUUCAAGAGCCUUAUGCGAUCCUAGGGACUGGAGUUGGCGUGUUGGUGGUCGUGUUUCUCUUCUAUUUCCUCAUCACUCGUGGAAACCCACCCAAAGACAUGUUAUUUUAUGUUUUUGCAGUAUUUUCUUUUACCUGCAUCAUUGAUCUCACGAGUGCCUUGGAAUACGAUGGCAUUAUUUAUGGCUUUAUGGACUUUUACCAGAAGACGGGGGAGCCCUACUUGGGGUCUUCAUAUGCCAUCAUGAUGUGCUACUGGGAUGGAAUAGUACACCUGAUCAUGUACCUGAUGAUGAUCAGCCGGAUAACAGACAGGAAAGCCUACCGUACUCUUGGCUUGUUCUGGGCUGGCUCUUUGUGUGCGAACAUGAGUGUAUUUAUUACCGGCAUAGUGGCAGGUAAAUAUGGGUCAGAUAUCCGCCCGGCCUUCUGGCUCAAUUUUUUCUUCCUUUUGCUGCCUGUGUGGGGAGCCGUUUCUCUGUUCACUCGGCCCAAGGACAGACCACUAAUCGGCGGAUAUAAUGCCCAGCAAGCUCAGAGCAUGAAGAUUAUCUGGCGUCCCACAGACCUGAUCCUGAUCGUGAUGCUGUUAGGUUCCAUGGCCUUCACCAUCCUCAGAGGCUUGGUGGCGCUGGACUCUCCUCUUGAAGCCUGUUCUAUAUAUCUAAAACAAUAUGAACCCUACCUGAAAGACCCCGUGGGCUACCCAAGAGUCAUGAUGGUGCACUUGUUCUUUUAUGGACUUCCCCUGUUGGGCGCAUUUGUCUAUGGCCUCCUCAAAUCUGGGUGCACAUGGAUGUCAGACUGGACGAUGUUCUUCGCUGGAGCCAUGAUCCAGUGCCAGUGGGCCCACAUCGGAGGAUCCCUCCACUCUCGCACUACAGCUCCGUUCCGCAUCCCAAAUGAUGUCUUCUGGACAGUGUUUGCAGCUAAUUUGCUCUAUGCAGCCACUCCCGUCAUCUUGGCCCUGCGGGUUCAUAGCGACCCCAAUUUCUUCCUGAAAGUCUGUCCUUUCCCCGGGCAGACUGGUUUGCCAAACAGUGAGGAGAAAGAUACAAAGAUAACAAACUACAAAGACAAAUAAUACUUAGUUGUCUAUGACCUUUAGAGUUAAUCAUUAAUCUUAUGGUUCAUGACGAGCUGUUUUAAUAGAAAUGCUAUAUUAAAUGCCAAAAUAAAAGA